AUGGCGGACGGCUUACGCUGUAGCCCUCAACUUCAGGAUGGAAAUGUUGAAUGUCCUCUUAAAAAACCAAUCAGGAGGAAGCUGUCUGUGUCUCCUGCAAACCCAGAUGAGGAUGGGCCCAAUCCUGUGCUGUCCCAUUACCCCCCUGCCAUUCAAGAGGUCUUAAAACAGGAGGGCAUGGUCCCGCUGCAGUACACUCCUGAAGGGCAGCCGCACACCUCCAGCAGCUUUGAUCCAAACUCCACUAUCGACAUUGGUCACAACGAGGACCCAACAGGUGGUAAUGCCACAGUCAUCCUAUCACCUGAGCCCCCUGGCCACACAACACUUCGGGCACUGCGAGCUAACAAUGGAAAUGAGCCAGCUAAAAGGUUGGAGAUCCCAUCACUAUUAGACCUGCGAAAAUCCAAGCCGUCCUACAUGGCCAUGACUUCAGCUGCUCAGGUCAAGCGCAAGUUCAACUGUUCCAACGCUGGGAAAGAGGACAGUUCUCAGGCCGCGUCUGCAGCACCCAAGCGCAUAAAGAGAGAUCUCUGCGAGGCGUCUAAACCACUGCGAAUCCGACAUUUUGGAGUAUCAUCAGAGAAUGAGCCAAGCCGUAGAGUAGUACGGAGUGUGUCUGAGGGAAACCUCCAUCAGCUUGACCAGCGUAAGCCCAAGUUGAGCUCAUUGAGGCCUGCUGCACUCUUUAAAAGAGUCACCAAGAGGAUGUAAGAGGCUUCCACUUGCUAUUAAAGCCACUGUUCUCUCAUUCACUGGCCUCACAUACUUCCUUCUCAUUAGAGUUGAUGUAGAAAAGAUGUAAAAAGGUGUUUUUUUAAUUGUUUUUUUAUUGCAGGAGCAGGUAUUUUGCCUUAAUUAUUUCUAGGAAACUAGAUUGUUUUUAUAUUAAUGUUUUAAAAUAUGUAUGUGCAUAGAAAACCUGUCCAGCCUAAUAUGAAGCUCUCAAUAAAGUAUUAAUUGAUGUUCAGGUCUUUUAAAGCAACUUGGAGUUAUUAUUGCCAAUGAGUGACUUUUUUUCUCCCCUUUUUAAAUGCU